GUUUCUCCAAUGAAAUGCUCUUGCAAAAGAAAUCCAACGCCGUGAUAAUUUUGUGAAAAUUUAUUGGCUUUUUGCACGGGAAAUACAGUGAAAAAGUGAACUAGGACUCUUUUAUUGUGUUUGUGAAGAAGCAGGGUUCGUGAAAAUGUUCACAACCAAAAAGGAUAUUGAUCGGCACGUGCGGACGGCGUUUUCGAAGCUACGCACGGAAAAUGAGAAAAAUCUACGAGGAUACACCGCCGCAAAGAUGUACUACAAAAUCGGGGAGUAUCAGAGUGCUCAACACUAUGUCUCAGCAUACAUUUCCGUGAAGAAGGACAACGCAGCUGCGUACCGACUUCUCGGGAAGUGCUGUGUGCACCUGAAAAAGGUCGAGAAUGCCCUUGAGGCAUACCAAAAGUCCAUCCAGUUGGACCCCAAUCAACCAGAUCUUGUCGUCGAAGUUUCCAAAGUACUUCUGUCAGAUGAAUCUAACCUCAAUUCCAGCAAGAUUAAAUUUUGGGAGGAUCUUGUGAUGCGCUACAGCGCCUUUCCGGACGAGUCUGUGCUCAAUUUACGCUUCAAACUUAUGUCUCGAAGUAAUUCCAGCGAACUUGUUGAGGAUGUUUUAGUAAAGGAAAUCAUGAAGAAGCCACUGGAUGUGAAUCUCCGGAUCCGUUUACUUAAGCAACUUCUAGAGAAGAAAAAGGUUGCCGAGGCUUUCAAGUAUGUCAAUGAUAUCGAAAUCAAGCAUCACAGUCACUUUGUUCAAUCGCUGGAGUGGUACAAUACGGUAGCCCUAGUCUUGUCCACAUAUAAACUAACGAACGAAACAAAUUCUGUGAUCACCAACAAAGACUUCUGCUGUCUGUACUUGAAUGCCCUCGAGAGGCAGAUCUAUCUCAAUCUGGUGGCUGAUUCAGCUCUUUCAUCCGUGAGGAGUGGCAAUUUAGUCGAAUGCGUCCGGAUACUCUUUGAACUCGAUCAGUUUCUCUAUCAGUUCUCCCAAGCUAAUAUCGAUCUCCGAGCAGAGGUGGGAAUUCAGCUGGUUAACUAUUUCCGCGGGCAAUUGUGCCUCCAUACGGCAACUUUGCUCUUCAAGCGUGACUUUACUGGCAAUGAGUGGCAGGAUGCUAUAAAGUGCAGCCUUGUGCUCCUUCUACAUGCCUACCAGUGUGGAAUUCUCGAAAUUCCAGACACAAUGGUGCGUCAGGUGCCUGAAGUGAUGAAACAUCUUAUGGAUCAAUGGCAGAAUCAGAGUGCAUUCAGAUGCCUCCAAGCGGGAAGGACUCUUCUAUCGACUUAUGAUGAACAACGUGGACGUCCCUCUAAAGCGUCAGAUCGAUCACAACAGCUUCCUUAUGGCAAUCGCGAAGAGCUCCUCAUGAAUAUUCGCGGUAAAUGUUCAAAUUCAUCAUGGAAGCAGGGAUUGUUUAAGUUACUAUUCAAAGCGAGUGAUCAAAUAAGCGCCAUCGGUACAUCCUAUCUCACUACAUGCGCUUCCCUAACUGAACCACUGUAUGAACUCCCUACUGCCAAUCACGUGGAGUCAAAUGAAAAGGCAUCGAGUCUGCUGAAUCCCUUCUCGCUGGCACAUCAGGUGUACGUUAGGCUAAAGACAAACACUCUUUGGGAGUGUGAUUUCAACGGAUUUGAGUGUCUCAAUAUGUCCAUGUCAAAUUUAAUCAACUGUGCUCCGUCAACACUCAACCAAUUGGACGUGGAAUCAUUCCUGUAUGCUGUUGUUAUUCAGACAAGGCGAGAGCUUGAAUUGGUGCAGUGCCGAAAUCAAUUGGGUCUACCAGGUGUGCUACCUUUUGCGAAUGUUAUGGGAAAAAUGUGUUCAGAUGAUCAGGCAAAUUGGUGGACAGCUGCUUAUAAAAUUACGACUAAUGGAACAGCUGAAGAUGUACCGAAAAUCCGAUCAACAGUUCAGGAUGGACUAGAAGUGAUUCGAUGUGUUGGGAAUCCGCGAAUGGAUGCGAUGAUCGCACUGAAAGUUGGGCAAACACUCCAAGAUCGCCUCGAUCGCACUAAAAAGUCCGCAGAGAGGAAUUACAUUGAGAAUCGUGUGGAAAUCUUCUAUAGAUACGCUGUAAGGCAGCUCAAAAGGUAUCCCAAUGGAAGUGUUGUCUCCACCAGGAAACUCUUCAAGUACACCCCAUCGCCAGAACCAAAUCCGCAUGAUGAUUUAGAUGUGGAACUUCUGGCAACGAAUGCCGUUAACUUCCUGGGAAAACUCUACAUUGAGCGUGAGCGCUAUGAGGAGUGUGUGGAAGAACUUAAUGAAUCAAACAUAGAAGGUGCUGAUUUUUUUGUUGGGGAAGCAAAUAAAAAACUGGCUGCAUCAAAGACACCACAGCGUGAGAGCACCACGACAGCUUCCGGUGAGUGUUCUAGCAUUGAUAGCAAUUACAUUAAGCGAUUGGUACAAGCAGAAGUGAGGAAGAUACAAAUGCAAAUGACACGUUCGCAUGAGGAGUCUGAAUAUGAUUUCCUGUCGGACGAAGAUGCUCUUCAUGGUGAAAGUGGCUUUAGUCGGCCACGUAGAUCUGUUCUUAGUGACAAUACCCAGCAAUUGCAGCUGAUUCAGCAGAUGACGACACUCUUGAGUAAUUUGCAGUUGGAUUUCAGUGAGGUUAAGAAGGAGUUGUGCGAUGUAAAGGGACAACUAGCUACGCUUCAAGAAACAGUGGAGACGAAGGUGAUACACAAGGAUUCAGCUGCUAGUGUUCUCGAAGAUAUCUAUCGGCUCGAUGAUGAAGAGACUCGUCGACAGCAGGAGUUGUCUUCAGCCGUACCGACGGAUUACUUUGGGAACUUGUACAAUGCUGGCUACCCAAUGUACGGAUACUAUCCCGGAGUUAGUGGAUCAGCUGCUCAAUUGCUGCAGCAACAGUUGCAGAGGAAUGUCGCUAUGGGAUUGCAUCAAAUUCCCACAACUGUAUCCGGUGGUGUGAAUCUAUACCCGGAUGCAGCAUCCCUUGCAAUUAACCCACAAUCACCACAGAUCCUUCAGCGACAAAUCUUUGACUCAACUAUGCGCCUUCAACAAUCGCUGGCUGAUCAGGCAUCCACAGCUCAACUACUCUACCCUGGAGCAACUUCAGCGGCAGCAAAAGUCCAGCCAAACUCAUCAUUCAUCACUGGAACUACAUCUGAUCAGUACAGUAUGGCAAAUUCUGUGGUGAAGACGUGGAAUAGCACCUUCAACAAUGCACCCGUUGAGAAACUUCCUCCGGUUAAUGUUGUUAUCACAAGUUCAGAUCCUCUUCCCACACACACCACUAUCUCUGCAGCUCCUCCCCUCCUCAGUGUAACAAUUCCACCGCAACACAUCAAACAGAGUGCCGUUGUUCCUGAACUAUCCGCAAUAACCCCACCAAAUGUUGAUCCAACUCAGAAAUCACAUGAAGAAACACAUUCUUCGGAGUCAGGAGCCCAAGAUGAUGCAGAACUCAGGGCGUUAAAGGCGUCAGAUGAAGAGGGUGAAAUUGUUCGUUUCUCCGGGGCGGCAAAACUCUUCCAUUCACAGGAAAAGGAACUCAUUGAGUGCGGUCUUGGAGAUUUGAAGAUUUUCCAGAAUAAGAAAGACCUUAAGAAGUACCGUAUUUUCAUGCGACGCGACCAAGGCAACAAAGUCUGUGCCAAUCAUGUCAUUACACCAGAAAUGGAAAUUACCUCAGUAAAGAAUAAGGAUAAAUCUUUCAGCUGGACUGCAACCGAUUUAGUUCAAGGAACUUUGCGUUCUAUCAAAUUCUUCGUAAAGUUCAAGACAUUGGAAUCUUCGACAGAGUUUAAGAAUGCUUUUGAGAAAGUUAAGAUUGAACUGGGGAUGAAAGAAGCACCCAAGGAUAUGUCACAGGACAAGUCACAGAUUACUGCGAAUCCUCUUACCAAGGCAGUUACCUUCAACUUUGGUGGUUUCAACACAAAUUCAGUAACGUCAACAGUCAAUUCUGAGGCAGACGAUAAGAAAAUUGGCCCAAAUCCCUUCAGUGGGUUCACAUUUGGAAAGGCCAAUGAUGGGGAAGGUGAGAAAAAGUUUCCCAAUCUCUUCAGUGGCUUCACUACAAGUGGAGGCGACAAAAACAGCAGCGCACUGGGUGAUUCUCGUGUGGAUACAUCACUCAAUAGAUCUGGAGAAGGGGAGGAGGAUGAGUAUGUGUCAACAGCUCAAUUCCAGCCAGUUAUUCCACUCCCAAAGCUUGUUGAUGUGAAAAGUGGGGAAGAGAAUGAAACUGUUUUGUUUGAGCAUCGUGCAAAGCUCCUCAGGUUCGACAAGGAAGCUAAGGAAUGGAAGGAACGAGGAAUCGGUAAUAUGAAGGUACUCGUGAAUGCAGCAGAUGUGAGCAAAGUGAGGCUUUUAAUGCGACGAGAGCAAGUUUUUAAGCUUUGCUGCAACCAGAUGAUUACGGAAGAUUUGAAAUUCACAAAAAUGCCCAAUACCGAGAGUGCCCUCAGUUGGUAUGGGCAAGAUUUCUCAGACAACGAAGUUAAAACAGAGAUGUUUGCCAUUAGAUUCAAGACUGCAGAAAUCUGCAAGAAUUUCCACGAUGCAGUCCUCAAGGCACAAGCUGGUAUAAAAGGUGGUGACAAAGGUCCAACAGAGAAGAAGGAAACUGAUCUUGUUGCGUCACUCAAGGCUGGCUUUGGUGAUGCCUUCAAGCCAAAAACUGGCCAAUGGGAAUGCAAAGAAUGCCUCUUGCGCAAUGCAGCUGAUGUGUCUGAAUGUGUUGCCUGCCAGAGUCCAAAGGAAACAGCAACGGCAAAGAAUAACACCAAAGGGUGGCCAUCCAAUUUCUGUGUUCCUCCACCUGAUACAACAACCAAGGCUCCUGCUGCAGAGCCUACAGUUGGAUUUGGGGAUAAAUUCAAACCCAAAGCAGGCACGUGGGAAUGCAAAGGAUGCUUCAUCUUUAAUCAAUCCGAUGCUCUGUACUGUGUCGCCUGCGAUAGUCCUAAAGAUGACACGGUACCCAAAAAGAAUCAAGGCUUGGAUUUAACGACGCAAUCGAAAUUCGUCUUUGGAAUGCCACCAACCACUACAAGUUCUCCAGCUAUAUCGAUUCCGGCAACGACAGCAUCUACAACAACUGCACCACCAGCUGUGUCAACCUUUACCUUUGGCAUCAAGUCCACCACAACAACGGGAAUUCUCUCCAGUACAUCCACAUUCUCAUUUGCCCAAACUCCCGCUAAUCAGGAACAAGUUAAAGCCGUAGAAAAGACCCCAGAGAAGCCAGAGAUCUCGCUGCAGCGAAAGGAUACGUUCAGUUUUGUCUUUACACCCAAAAGUCCAGGAAAGGUUAGGAGUCCCACCAAGUCAACGCCCGGAAAAGAUGGUCAUGCAUCUGAUGAAGAGGGAAUUGUUGAAGAGGAGAACAACACCUAUUUUACACCUGUUAUCCCGCUUCCUGAAAAGAUUGAAGUAAAGACUGGCGAGGAGAAUGAAGAUGUCUUGUACACACAUCGUGCAAAAUUGUAUCGCUUUGCGGAUAAGGAAUGGAAGGAGCGUGGUACGGGUGAUGUGAAAAUCCUCAGAGAUAAGACUACAAAAGUACUUCGUGUCCUGAUGCGGCGUGAACCAAUCCUAAAGAUUUGCCUCAAUCACCGUCUCACGGAGGAUAUUGAGUAUGAGAAGAAGGAUGACAAGUCCUGGCACUUUGUCGUAAAGGACUUUAGUGAGGGUGAAUUGGAGCUUACACAGCUCUGCUUGAGAUUCAAGACGCCAGAAAUUGCAAAGGGAUUCCGUGACGCUGUACAGAAAGCUCUUGGUGGUGACGCAGAAGCCCUUCCCAACGGUGGACAUGGAGGAGCAACGGAGGUUAAGGUCAAUGGUAAAUUGAGCGUAGAGAAUGAGGAGGAGGAGAAAUUGCGUAAGGACUUGAAACUUCCGGAAAAGUUCUUUGAGUACAAGACAAAAGCAGAGUGCAGUGGUUGUCGAGGGUGCAAAUCUGAUGAUUUCAUCUUCCCUGUCAUUGAGAAUAUAAACUUGGAUCUUGUGGAUGAAAAACCCAUUCCGCUUAAGCAACCAGAUAUCCCGUCGGCUCUUCUCAAGCCAAAACCAAUGGGAUUCCUUGAUAAAGCAUCUGUGGCACCUCCAACAACUCAGCAAUCGUCAUUCAUUUUCGGUGGAGCGAAAUCCUUCUCAUUUGGUCAGCCACAAUCGAUAUUUGCUCCUACUUUUGGUGAUAAUAAGGCAACCACUACUGCCAGUACAGCCUUAACUACAACCACAACAACGGCAUCAUCCUUCAAUGUUCCAUCAGUGGAGACACAGAAGAAUAUCUUUGGAACACCUGCAAAGUCCGGAGAGAGUAUUUUCAGUGGAUCAACAUUCUCCUUUGGGGGUACUUCGGUUUUCGGUGGCAAUACCUUUGCACCCAAGACUACUGAUGGAGGAGACACAAAGCCCUCAGUAACAGCAACUACUGCAUUCACUUUCCAAACACCUGCGGUGACAUCUUCGGAGAGUAGUGGUACAAUCUUUGGUGGGACAGGCAGUGUGGCGUCAACGUUCAGCUUUGCAACAACUGGUAAAAAUUUGUCAACACCAUUUGAAGGUAGCAAAAUCUUUGGUGGAGGAGCUACAACAGUAUUUGGACAGAAGACAGAUGAGAAGGCAACUGAUGAAAAGAGUGGAGCACCCAAAAGUGAUGCAUCGACGACAUUUAGUUUUGCCCAAUUGGCCAAAAGUCCUGAGAAACCCGCAGUUGAGGUGGGCAAAGAUAUUCUAAAGAUGGAUGAAAAUCUGUCUUUUGCCAGUCUCGCUAAAGCUGGAGGAGCUGCUAGUGAUUUCUUAACGAAGGAAACGAAGGAGGGCAAGACUGGAUUCUUCGGAUUAUCAUAUAGUGAUGAUUUCAGGCAUUUUGGUGGCUCAGCUGCCGCAGCUAAAAGUGGCGGAGAGAAUGGUACGGGAAAUGAUGAUUCCAACUAUGAUCCUCACUAUGAGCCACUCAUCCCACUGCCGGAUGAAAUUAAAGUAUCUACGGGUGAGGAGGAGGAAAUUUUGCUGUUCAACCAAUUUUCCAAUCUCUAUCGUUUUGAUUUCACAAACAAGGAGUGGAAGGAGAGGGGAACUGGCUACAUGAAGAUUCUACAUCAUCCCGUAAAGGGAACUUAUCGUUUUGUUAUGCGCCGAGAUCAAGUACACAAACUUGUGCUCAAUCAUGCAAUUACAGCUGAAUUUAACAUCGCCCCGAUGAAUAAGACCGGAAGGUCCUUCUGUUGGGCAGCCGUGAAUUAUGCUGAGGACCCGGCACAGACGGAGAAUUUGGCUAUUCGCUUCAAAACGGCAAACGUUGCGACUGAUUUCGAGAAGGUGGUCAAUGAAUGUAUUCAGAAACUAAAGGAAAAGGGUGAUCUCGAACCCGAGGAGGACUUGUCACAUCCAGUUGACGGAGUGGCUCAGAUACUCGAGGAUGGCGCCAUACAUUCCCUCAUUUCCGGCGAUGACGGCAUAGUGGAGAUGGAGCAGGAAGUCAUUACGGAGGACAUGGGUGCGAAUGAAGUGGUGGCAGAUACAAUUGAGCACAUGGACAUUGCCUAUGUGGAUCAUCACAAAGAUCUGCCCAGGAGCAAGAUUAAUAACUACGAUGCGGAAGAAGUUGAGAAAGUUCCACAAAAAUUCACUGUAAAAUCCCAAAUGGAGCCCCAAAUUAAAACCUACGCCAUUAAACGUCGUGAAAACGUUCCCAGCGAUAAGUCCUCGGGUGCGGGCACAGAAAAUUCAUCCACAGCAAAGGGGCAGAAUAACAAAAUGGUGCUCGUUAAGUUGAUGCCCAAGUUUGAGGUGUCAGACGCACCUGCCACGGAUGCACCUGCUGAGAAAAGUAGCGUGGCAAAGAACGACUUGGGUAAGGGAGUGAAAGUCACCGAGGACACGGAGGAGGAUGAGAAUGAGGGGACUGAUGAUGAGGGUGGGGUGAGUAAGACAAAGAUUAAGCGUGAAAUGAAACAAUUGCAAAAAAUGAUGAAGAACUCCAAGGUUCUCACGGACUUCAUAAACGAUGGCAAUCAUGCGCGUCAGAGAAAGUCACGUAAAGCUCAGAAUCUUCGGGGUGGCAAGCGGCAGCAACGUGGAAGAAGUCUCUCUGUCAUUGGGGAGGCAUCUGCGGAUUUGCGAUUAAAUUUUCUGCGAAAGUCUACGGGAAAUGAGGAGUUGGGGGGUAUGCAGAAAAGAUCGAACAUGCGAUCGCAAAAUGCAGAAUUUACCCUAAAGCAGCAGAGAUUUCUCAGUCGUAUUCAGCGCGAAGAGGAGGAGGAGGAAGAUGGCGAAGAUGACGAUGAAGAGGAGGAUGAGAAAGAAAUGGACGAAUUGUCCGACAACUCGGAGAAUGAGAGCAAUGAGACAAAGAGUCUCAAGUGCACAAGUGAAUACAACGAUUCUAUCCCCAUUGUUAAGCUCUCAAACUUGGUGAAACCGCCAAAGGAAAUCACCAACAAUGCUGAUAUUUUGCAGGAGGAUUCUGAUUUCUUCUGCUGGCGAUGCCAUGGAGAGAGUGUUAAUCUGUCGUGCAGCAAGUGUGUCCGAUCAUAUCACACAAAGUGCAUAAAGCUAGCCCAGGGAAGUAUCCAGAAUCCCAAUUCCUGGGAAUGUCCAGAGUGCGUACAAUUGACUGAAACGUCUUCCAGUAGCAAUAUAUCUGUAGAUCAAUUGUCGACGCUUCUCAUGUUUGCCUGGAAUCGAAUGACACAGCUGCAGAAGACUACAGAGGUUGUGGAUAAUUUCAAUGGGCAGAGCCUGAAAAAGUGUGAGUCAUAUAUAAAGAAUCGCGUCACAUUGGCUGAUCUCAAAUCCAACAUACGGCAGAAGAAGUACAAGGCUACGCAUGAAUUCAUGACGGAUGUGAAGUGGAUACUGCACAACUGCUAUGUCUACUACACGUGCGUCACGCCAUUCGAUAUGAAUCUACUGAAGGUGGUGAAGAGUCUCGUGAGGGUGUGCAAGCAGGAGAUGAAUGAGAUUGAGACGUGCUCAGAAUGCUAUUACAAUGCAAAUACACAGAAAGAUUGGUUCGUUGAGGUUUGCACAAAGCCACACAUUUUGCUGUGGGCGAAACUCAAGGGGUUCCCCUACUGGCCAGCCAAGGGGAUGGCAGUCAAUGGCACAACGUCUGUCGAUGUGAGAUUCUUUGGGGCCCACGAUAGAGCGUGGGUGCCAAUAAAAGAGUGUUUUCUGUAUUCGGAAAAAAAUCCAAGUCAGGGUAAGACGAAGCGAAACAACAUUGAGCGGUGCAUAAAGGAAAUAGAUGUGCACAUUGCUAAGAUAAAGGAUAAAUUUGGGGAAUUUCACUAUCCUGAAUUUAGAACGCCUUACGAUCCACAGAAUGAGAUAAAGCAGCUACAAUUGAUGAUACCAUCGUACAUGUGUGACAAGAAAAACCUCGCAAAGGUGCUAAACCCCAAAAUUCCUCCAACAACUACCACCAGUACGAGUCCCAAGAAUAAUCUCACAUACAGAAUUAUCAAGACGGCAGACAAUAAUCUGUCAAUAGCACCGGUUGUGAAGAAAUCCGAGCCAAUUAAUGGGAUGGUGAGUGUGAAGAAGGAAGAAGAGCGUGGAGUUGAGAAGCAAGAGCCGAAGGAGGAGAAGAAUCCUCUGCCUGAGGUGAAACCCACAAAAAUUGUCAUAAGUCGGAAGAAGUAUGUAGAUGCGUUGGCAUCGCAAAUUCCGGCAAAGACAAUUUUGGAAAGUAAAUCAUAUCAGACCGUUAAGAAGCCACCGGCGACUACGAGUGGUGCUGUUGAACAACGAAAAGUCGACAGUGUGAUUAUCAAGAGAAAGUCCUCAAAUUGGAAUGCAGUACCUUCGAAAAAGUCAAGGGCAUCCAGUGAAGAGGUGAGCAAUGAUACGAAACAGAAGGAUGUGGCUGAGCAGCAGGUAUCUAGCUCAGAUGAUUUGGUGAAGAUGAAAGAAAGCAAUAAGAUGAGCAAUAGUAGUAGUAGUAGUAGUAGUAGUGUAGGUAAGAAGACGUCAGAGAAUGGUCCGGAUCCCAUAGCAGGACCUUCGCGAGUUAAGACUCCACCUGAUUCGACAAAGCAGAAAAAAGUUGAGGAAAAGGAGUCAGAGGAAGCAACAAAGAGCAGAGCUAAGAAGAGACCUUCCGAACGGAAGGAUGAAUCUUCGGAAUCAGAUGUCAAUUCUUCCCAAUCAUCGAGCACCCCACUGAGUGAUUGCAGCUCAACAUCGACAAUCACGAAGAAGCCCAUUGUCAUCAGUACGGGAAAUUUGUUUGACAAUGAAGAGAUUCGCUUUGAACAAUCCACGUCGAAAACACGCGAAAAUGAUGCUUCAAUCAUGGACACGGCAUUGAUAUCCCUUCCGCAGAUCAGCAUAAUACGGAACAAAGCGUCAACAAGUUCCAAUUCGGAGGACAAGAAAACCAAUCAAGAAUCUUUGAAUGCCCCGUCAUCUUCAUCCUGCGACAGGAGCCAGAAUGAAGUAACAACAACUGAAACGAAAAAAGGAAGCCCUUCUCCGCCAAAGGAGACCAUCCAGGAAAUCCGACGAAGGACGAGAAGUAGCAAUUUUCCAACAUCAAAUCCCACCGUAAAUGCCGCCAACACAGUGAAGAAGGAUCGUGAGGUGGGUGCAAAGGAGAAGGACACUCAGCCAACUUCGAAUGAAGUUUCCAGCAAGAGUGGGCAAGUGGAGGAUGAAAAAAAGGAUUCCACCGUACAGACUAAAUCCAAAACAUCUCGCGGGAACUCCUUCCAACAAGAGUCCACGGAGAAGAACUUAGUUAAUUCAUUGAGGAGGAGCAGUAGAAAAAUCUCGCGGGAACCCGAAUCUGUCUUGCAGCUGGACAAAGUAAUAGAUCUCGAGAUGGAGGAGAUUCGAAUAAAGUCCGAACCAGUCUCAGAUACGGAAGAAUCCCGACCCUCAUCUCGAUCCCAUGAAUCUCAAAGUGAUAAAGUUGCUGCGACAGGACGUAUUGGGAGGAUGCGUGGAAAAUUGCAACAUCGACCCUUUGUGGCUCGUUCAGGCUUUUUGAGUGCGGCAGAGCGAAAUCGCAAGGCAGCUCUGAGGAAGUUUGGUGCAGAUAAAAUUCCACGGGCACGAAAGAGCUUCCCCACCAGCCUACGGACACAUGUUGGAACGAUGAAUAAUCUCCAAAAUAUGAAUAGUAUGGUCUACAUCCCGAUGGAUUCUUCACUUAAACGCUUAGACAUGGACUCAUCACCAGGACCAGUUCCUCCUCUUGCCGCCGUUGUUAAGGCCCCUACUUGCACAGCAUCCACAUCUUCCGCCUCAUCCCAGGGAUGUACGAAUUCUUCCAACCUGCCAAUUCCACCGUUGGUUCCUACCACAAAAGUUGCACCAUCUCAGCAACCACAACACAUACUCACCGGCGUUGUAACAGCGAGUCUGGCCAAUGCCAUCACGGACACCAUUGUCCGGGGUCCACCGAAACUUAUGGCAAAACCCACAGGCACCCUCCGUUCUGAAGGCGAUGUCAUCUUCCCCUCCGAAGCUGGUCCAGCAUGCCAAUUGCUGACCGAAAAUGCCCAUAAGAUGACUGACUUUUUUAGGUCUGUGAUAGAAGACACUCUGGGUGAUUUGGCUAGCAAUGGAUGCCUCGAUGCCAAGGUGAAAAUGAUGGAAUUGGAAAUUGAAAAGCUCAAAUAUGCUCAUAAAACGGAAAUUACUCAACUGAAGAAUAGUACAGAUUUGAUUCUGUGCGAGAUGAAGAAUAGUAUCGAAUUGGAGAAGACACGUGUGAUAAAUGAGACAAGGAAGCAGUGCGAGAUUGAACGGAUACGUGCUAUUGAGGAGACAAAGAAGAAGCAAUGGUGUGUUAAUUGUGGUAAGGAGGCACAAUUUUAUUGCUGCUGGAAUACUUCCUACUGUGACUAUCCGUGCCAACAGCAACAUUGGUCACGGCAUAUGACUACAUGUGCCCAAAAUGAGAGCAACAAUGCUGAGAACAAAUCAUCACAAAAAAAUCACAAUCGAUCGACGAAUCAAACAGUGGGUGGAUCGAAGACAAAAGAAGCAAAUGUACGGAAUAUUAAUCCAGUUAGUGGUCGCAAUUCCACAGGGAAGAACUUGAAUUCGGGACAACGGCCGGCUACAACGACAAGCUCAUCACCUUGCUAUGCCCUUGUACCCAAUCGCCAUGGCCACGGAUGGGAGAUGGUGAGCGGAACGCAGGCAAAUUCGCUCCUCCCAUCAUCAAUGGUACUGAAUCAACAGACUGCCACUAUGAUGUCAGGCUCUGUAGCCCCAUCGUCUGCAUCUCCACAUGUGACUGGCUCCAGUGCUAUGCUCGAUGGUCUUAUGAUCACGCAGGACACGUACUUGGCGAAAAAAUGAAAGCAAAAGAGUAACUUUUUUGGCUCUAUUAAAAAGAAAUUAAUGUUGCUUCAAUGUAAGAUGAAUUACUAUUUUUUCAACAAUUUUCAUCAGUUAAUUUUAUAGAAAAGAAAACUUCUGUAUAAUGCUGAAGGAAAGAAAACAAAUUUUUAUGAAAUAUUUUUAAUUUCAUCCCUAUUUUUUGUACAAUUUAAAAUUGAAAUUAAAACUUAUAUACACACCUACAAUUCAGGCAUAAAUUUUUUGCUAAAAGGUUUUAAUAAUUUAAUAGAUGAUAAAUUUUGCGUCACUAUUUUAGAAUUAUUGACUUAACAACUUAAUCUAGCGCUUAGAGAAAGUGAAUAAAGAAGAUAUUUCAAAAAUUAAA